AUGACAAGCGAGACAAAGCCUACUCUGGAACCGCUGUCCCACCUACCUUUGGGACCGUUAUCUCUCCUACCCGUCGAGCUGUGGACCGAGGUCGCCAUCUUAGCGCAACUCAUCUGGCAUCAUGGAGCUUCAUCCUCUCAUCACGACCCCCACGCCGCCGUCGAGCGCCUGCAAAUCAGCAGCGAAUCUUCCGUGCCGCGCGCUGAACCGUGCUGCGAGCUCGUUCCCCGCCGUCGGCUUCCCUACUGCUGCAGAGUUCAUACAUCGCAAGUUGAACGAUCACCCGCACAUUGUCUUAUUCAAACCAACCACUUCUUCCGCGACCUCAUCUUCAAACGCCUCCCCUGGCUCUGGGAGUUUGACAAUGUGCUGUUCAAGAAAAUCGCGGGCUACUCUGGACGUGAGCAUAUUCCCAGGGACAAUCCUGAGGAGGGGCACAUGGUGCUGUACGGCGCGCGCAGCUUGAUCGUGACGCGGGCUUGUACUUGUCUCCUGAGAGUCAUGCGCCCACUCUAUGAUGUGCUGAAGGUGGUCAAAAUCGCGAUGCCCUGGGAUGCUCCCCUCAUCCCGAAUAGUCGCGCGGAGACGUUCUUCCUGAAUAAUCCCGCUGUGGCACCGAGUCCGCUGGAACACUUCGACCUCGAGCUAUUCGACAGUCCUCGGGCACCUGUGGGAAUCAUCGUACGCUGUAUAACGCGCGAAAACUUGUCGACAUUUCGUGGCGUCAACGUUGCAUUCUGCUUUUCCUCGAACCAGCUCACUUCGAUGUAUAUAUCCUUCCCGCACAGUCGUCGCGCGCGUUUCGGGGCUAGUUUCACCAACGGUCUCGUCAUGUGCGCCAGCCGGCUCGAGUACCUAACGCUCGAUGCCGGAAAUGGUGAGAUUGUAGGCGCGCGUGUUUUGCGCCUCCCGAAGUUGCGCUUUUUGCGCGUCGUCUUGCCCAUCACAGUUUGUGCCAAACUGCUCAGCCGCAUGGAUCUGCCCGCACAAUUGGACAUCCAUCUUGAACCCGUCGUGCAGUGGCGCUCACAGGCUGCUCGUCGGGUCAAGAAGUUCUUCAAGUCCCCGCAUCAAUGCGAAGCCCCUCUAGCUGAACUGGACGCCGAAGCGGACAGCCUUGACACGCAUCAUCUCCCGUGCGCAUUAUGGAGGUUCGCCUGCGCAUUGGCGGCCCCGGACCAGACCCGCUCCAUCUUCCAAGAUAUAGCCGACUUCGACAUACGGCAGGAAAACUUAUGGGACACGCUUCAAACCGCGUCUUUCGAGAUCCGGCAGGAUCCCUCGCACCAAGGAUGUGAACGCGAACCUCUACGGUUUCCAGAACUUGUCGGCGUUGUAUUCACGAAUAGCGUGGAGGACAUGCGCGUCUUGCAGGAGCGGCCUGGUUUGGAUUGGCGUCGUUCGUCCAAGCCAGGCGAAAAACAUGUAGCGCGUCGGUCGUUCGUUGUCAGGGAUGGCGUGAGCUCUGCUCAAGACCGGAACGCCUUGUAUCGCGCGACAUAUGUGAAGCCUUUUUACGAUGUCAUCGCCUACGUGACAAGUGUCAUAAUUCAAGGACAACCGGGCACGCCUUAUGAAGGCAAGCGCGACAUCGCCUCUCUGGUGAUCCCGAAGGGGUCAUUCAUCCCGCGCUUCUCCCUUGGGUGGCGUCAUUUACUUGUGGCCUGUAACACAAUUGUGGAACUCGUCAUACACCACUCUCACCUCGGCGAUCAACAUCAACAGUCGUCUACCGUAGCGACGCGGUACAUUAUACCGACCGAAUUAACAGCACUGGCUGUCUAUCUCAACGAUGUACCGGGACCCGGCCAGGUUCCUUGUCCUCAUUUACGAUGCAUUCGCGUCGUAUGCUGUACUGCGGCAGUUUGGGGCUCCGCACUGGAGCGGACAUGGGGACGUCUUUUGAACACGAAGCACCGUGUUGACGCGGGGGCUGUCGGCAUUCAAGUAAUUCUCACCUCCAUGUAA